GAGAAGACGGACAACGUGAAGUGUGGUCUCAGGUCACGUUUGUGUGUUUGUAGCACUUACCUUACGUCCAUAGCGGCGUACCAUCAGUUUAACCAUAGAUUCUCAAAAUGGAUACAUAUUAUGCAGAACAAACCUGAUAUUACAAAGCAUAGCAAGUUCCUGCACUUCGGUACCGAACCCCGCUACAGCGAGGAUGUUCCCCAGCUUGGCCCACAGACCAUGGCAUGUCUUCUGCAGGGUCUCCUUGCAGCACAGGGCACCCCUGUCACAACGAUCCCCGAGGCUCCCUCACGGUUGGCGGAGUGGAGGGAUACAUAACCUGUGGUUCAGCCUUCCGGACUGCCGUGUUGCUUCUCUAGGGCUGGGCAAGGUGCAUUACUACUCUACCUCAGGCAGCAGUAAAGAUGAUCCUCCAAAAUCAGCAUCACAUGAUGAUCCACCAGCAGAGAAGGUCCUGUCUGAUGCUGCCAUCCCAGUUUUACCAGCACCAGGAAAUAUGUCUGGUUCAACACCUCUGGGACUGACUAAAACUGAGACAAUUCAAGUGAAAGUUCGGGCGGUCCUGAAGAAAAGGGAAUAUGGAGCCAAGUACACUAUCAACAACUUUAUCACAGCAGUCAGAGCCAUGAAUGAGUUCUGCCUCAAGCCAAGUGAUCUGGAACAGCUUCGGAAGAUCCGAAGGCGCAGCCCCCACGACGACACAGAGGCUUUCACUGUCUUCUUGCGUUCAGACGUGGAGGCCAAAGCACUGGAAGUAUGGGGAAGCCAUGAAGCUCUAGCCCGAGAGAGAAAUCUCAGGAAAGAAGUGGAGAGAGAGUACCAAGAGAAUAUAUUUAGGAAUCAACAGUUGUUGAAGGAAUACAAAGACUUUUGGGGAAACACCAAGCCUCGAUCAGGCCCGAGGGCAACUUUCCUAGAAGGGCCGGGGAAGGUGGUCAUGGUCGCUAUUUGCAUCAAUGGGCUGAACUUCUUCUUCAAGCUCCUGGCUUGGGUCUACACUGGAUCAGCAAGCAUGUUCUCAGAGGCCAUCCACUCUCUGGCCGACACCUGCAACCAGGCUCUGCUCGCCCUGGGAAUCAGCCAAUCUGUGCGCAACCCUGAUGCUGGGCACCCGUAUGGCUUCUCAAACAUGCGCUACAUCGCCUCCCUCAUCAGUGGGGUGGGCAUCUUCAUGAUGGGAGCAGGCCUCUCCUGGUACCAUGGCAUUAUGGGAUUGCUACACCCACAGCCCAUGGAAUCUUUGCUCUGGGCUUACUGUAUUUUGGCCGGCUCUCUGGUGUCUGAAGGAGCCACGUUACUAGUAGCCAUCAACGAGAUAAAGAGGAGCGCCCGAAUACAUGAAGUGUCUUUUUAUGAAUAUGUAAUGCAGAGUCGAGACCCCAGUACUAAUGUAGUGCUGCUGGAGGAUGCUGCCGCCGUGAUUGGAGUCAUCAUGGCUGCCAGCUGCAUGGGGCUCACGUCACUCACAGGUAACCCUUACUAUGACAGUUUGGGCUCUCUGGGCGUGGGCACGUUGCUGGGCACCGUCUCAGCCUUCCUCAUCUACACGAACACAGAGGCUCUGCUGGGUCGCUCCAUCCAGCCGGAACGUGUCCAGAAGCUCACGGAGUUCUUGGAGAACGACCCUGCAGUAAGGGCCAUCCACGAUGUGAAGGCCACUGAUCUGGGACUCAGCAAAGUGCGCUUCAAGGCGGAGGUUGACUUUGAUGGCCGAGUGGUGACACGAUCUUAUCUGGAGAAACAAGACAUUGACCAAAUCCUUAAUGAAAUCCAGCAGGUGAAGACCCCGGAGGAUCUGGAGAGCUUCAUGCUGAAACACGGGGAGAACAUCAUUGACACCCUGGGGGUCGAGGUGGACCGCUUGGAGAAAGAACUCAAGCACCGUAACCCGGAGGUCCGUCAUGUAGACUUGGAGAUACUAUAAUUCCCGACGGGUCAUCUGCUGAAGGAACAUCCUGCUGUAACAAGAAGAGGAAAAGGUGAAAGGAUGGCGCAGCCUGCCGCCGCUAUCUGCCUCCAAUCCUGACCACAAAAAAAAAAACCAAACCUCCAUCUCCGCACAGCUCAUCGAGUCUUACUGUAGAAUAGUCCACAGCCAUAAUUGAGGACAGUGAUUGGGAAAUAAUCGUGCUUUCUUUGUGUUGCUUGAAUUUCAGUUUGCCGAGAUUUCAACCUGCCAGAGAUGCCACUUUCAAGGGUUUCUUGCUGAAGACUAAGACCCGUCAUUGGUCCCCUUGAAUUUUAAGAGACAGUCUUAUCUCUGUUGCGGUUCAUAUUGCAUCUAUGACAGUUUAGUCUUCUGGGUGCUUGAUUGAACUCACAUUCCAGCAUUAAUGUGUUUUUUGGAUUUGGUUGAAAACAUGAUGGCUUCAAAAUGAAAUCACAGAACAGGACCAGUAUCAUUUACUAGAUGUGAUGCUUGAACCACAGUGAUAGUGUUUCCUUCUUUUAGUACCAAGGAAACCUCCAGAGCUACAUAUUCAAACAAGAUUUAUUUAACUGACAAUAUUAGACUUAGGUAAAAAUAGAGGAACUGAAGACGGCACAAUGCUGAUGCAGCUUCCUUAAUCAAGACGAUUUGUGAUGAAUAGAUUUUAUUGCAGGGAGAAAAAUACAAAUGAAACAACAUUAUUAAGACUUUUCAUUUGAUUGUUUGUUAGUUUAAGAGUGAACUAAGGUUAUUGAGCAUCCGCCUAUGCAAAAAUACAUAGGAAAACAAUAUAUUCCUGUGAUGUUGAACUAACAAAUGUAUAAAUGAUCCAUUUACUUGACAUGUUGAUCAUUACACAUGGUCAUACUGAACGAGUGAACACGCUAAAACAAAUGACAUUAUAGGCAGUGGCAUCUCUCUCUCACUUCAUUUCUCUCUGCCGGUUUCAAAGAUGCAAACUUUGAUGUUCUCCAAGUUUAGUCACUUUGCCUUUUUGAGGCUUGGCAGCUGAUCAGCAGGCGACUGAUUGUACUGAUCCAAAGAUGACGUGAUGGAGGGAUGGAAACUUCCAGUGUAAAUAAGUCGUCCAUAAUGAUAAAAUGUACCAAACGAUUGGACCAACCCCCUCUCAAACAGGUUUUUAAUCAUUCAGGAUGUCACCCUGUACAGUAUGUAUCAAACCAUCUCCUACUUCUGCUGAAUUAUCUGUGAAACAUACAGUGACCUUUUGCUUUUCAUUCUGCAUUUACUUCAGUCAGUCACAGCCGCAGCACGGGAUACACCUGCCUGCUAAAGCACGUUACUCUGCUUCAGGGGGUCGGUCGGAGCCAUUUCAUCUGUGGGGAGGGUGGAUAUAUAUUUUUUGAAGGUGUGAAUAGUGUAAUAUUUUCCCGCUGGCUGUAACAUGUUGCCACUGCUGAAGGAGUUGGAAUAAAUUUGUAAUAAUUUAUUAAAUUAUUUUGCUUUCC